AUGGAUAAAGAGUCAGACACCUCAAUCCAAGUUCCUCCCCUGAAGCCUCAACCCGACUAUGUCGAUUUUGAUGGCCCAGAUGAUCCGUUACAUCCCUGGAAUUGGCCUAUCGGCCAGAGACGCCUCAUAUCCGUCAUCCUCGCCCUAUCAACGAUGAUCGUCGCCGGCGCAAGUGCCAUCUUCUCCUCAGCCAUCCCAUCCAUAAUGGUCAUCCACGGCAUAAGCCGUGAAGUCGGCACCCUAGGUGUAUCGCUAUAUGUCCUCGGCUUCGCCACGGGACCCAUGAUCUGGGCUUCUUUCAGUGAACUCAAGGGCCGCUACUUGCCAUUCACAAUCUCCAUGUUUGGCUUCUCUGUCUUCUGUUUUGCGACUGCCAGAUCGACCCAUGAUCUAGCGUCAAUUUUCAUCUGUCGCUUCUUCUCGGGGCUGUUUGGUGCUGGACCAUUGACGCUAGCCGGCGCUGUAUUUACGGAUAUGUAUAUGCCGCGAGAACGGAAUACGAUGAUCAUGCUGUUCUCGCUAACAGUUUUCAUCGGCCCUAUGCUCUCGCAACCUAUUGGCGGAUUCAUCGUCUCGAACGCUUCCCUCGGGUGGGAAUGGACUGAAUACCUGCCCGGGAUUUUGGGCAGUGCCGCUUUCAUCGCUUGUGUCAUAUUUCAAAAGGAGAGCUACGGGCCUAUCAUCCUCGCUCGUAAGGCGGAUCGCCUGCGUCGAGAGACGGGUGACUGGUCCAUAAUCGCGAAGCACGACACGAUUCUCCUCGAACCGAAGACUAUCGCAAAUGAGUUCCUGUUCCUGCCGCUGCGUAUGCUCGCUUCGGAUCCCAUCAUGCUAUUCAUGUGCACCUUCGGCGCCUUCGUGUACGGUCUCCUCUACCUCUUCCUAACAGCCUACCCGGCCGUCUUCCAAGGUGUCCACGGCAUGAAACCAGGUAUCUCCGGCCUGCCUUUUCUUGGCAUCGUAGUUGGCCAAUUAUUCUUCGUGGUGAUCAAUGGCCUCUUCCAAAAGGUAUGGCUUKUCCCACGCAUGGUUGCCAAUGGAGGCCAGAUGGAGCCUGAAUGGGUCUUGCCCAUUGCCAUUCCCGGUGCUGCAUCGUUUUCAGCGGCGUUGUUCUGGUUUGGUUGGUCCGGUUACAAGCGUGAUGUUCAUUGGAUGGUGCCUACAGCUUCGGGCAUAUUUUCGGGAUUUGGACUGUUGGCGAUGUUUUUGCCGUCGAUUUCGUAUCUUGUGCUUGCUAGGCCGCAGAGAGCCGCUUCUGCUGUGGCAGCGCAUACAUUCCUGCGAUCUUUGUUCGGAGCCGGAUUUCCCCUUUUUGCGACCUAUAUGUACCAAAAUCUAGGUAUCGAAUGGGCAAGCACUCUCCUCGGCUGUUUGGCCGCAUUGAUGAUCCCCAUCCCUUUGCUGUUGUAUAUCUACGGUGCAAAGAUUAGGCAGCGAGUGAACAUCGAUUAUUGA